GAAGAUGCUGGGGAAAGAAAGCAAAAACCAAGUUUGAAAACAAAAUUUUCAAAGCAUUUCUCUUUUUCUCAAACUCCAAAACAAAAAAUGGCUCACCAUUCUCGCUCAAACAGCUUGCCCUCUGCAUCACACCCCCUAGUUUCAGAGGCUGAUAGACAUCUAAGCAGAUUGGCCUCAUCUGAAUCUGCCUCCACCUCAUCCUCCUCCCUAUCCCACAAACUCAAUGGCCUACAAGAUCUUCAUGACAUCAUUGAAAAGUUGCUCCUACUGCCCUUCACCCAACAGGCUUUAGGCCAAGACCAGCACCAGAAAUUUGUUGAUGAGCUGCUGGAUGGAUCUCUCAGGCUCUUUGAUCUCUGCACCACAGCCAAGGAUGCCUUGUUGCAAACUAAGGAAUGCGUACAAGAGCUUCAAUCAGUUCUGCGUAGAAGGCGAGGAACUGAAAUCACACAUGAGGUUAGGAAAUACUUAGCCUCCAGGAAGACAGUGAAGAAGGCAAUCUUGAAGGCCUUAAAGAAUAUGAAGAACAAGGAAAGCACCACUGCCUUCAACAAGGACAGUGAGAUCGGAGCCACAAUUAACAUCCUACAAAAGGCACAGUCAGUCACACUUAAUGUGCUGGAAUCCUUGCUAUACUUUGUCUCUGGACUAGAGGCAGAAUCAAAAAGCAGCCGCUGGUCAGUGGUCUCAAAGCUAUUGCGCAACAAAAGAAUAGGCUGUGAAGGAGGACAACAUGAAAAUGAGAUAGCAAAUGCUGAAGCUACAACGCUCUCAAUCACUAGUGGCAAGGCAAGCAUGCAAAUUGAGGAAGUACAAACUGAACUGCAAAAGUCAGAGUCAUGCAUUCAAGAUCUUGAAGAAGGGCUUGAAUCCAUCUACAGGCGUUUGAUUAAAGCCAGAGCUACCAUUCUCAACAUCCUCAACCAUUAGCAUCAAAAAUCAUUGUAUACUCAUACUUUUAUAUUGAUUCAUCAUACAACAAAUAUUUUUAUGAUAAAGAAAAAAAUUACUUUCUCUCAAAAUUUUUGUUUCUAUAUAUUACAGCUUCAUAUAUCCAUUUUCUCCAUUUUUCCAAUAUCAAUCAAACCAUUUUUAAAGGUCAUAAAAUGGAAGUCUGAUC